GACCUGCGUGACCCACGGCCCCCACACGUCAGCUCCCGGGGCCCGACGAAGAGGGACCGUACAGUUGUAACGGAUUGUACGGACAGCCCCACGCCCACAAUAAGCCUUCCCCCAACGGCAAUACCACACCUUAGCGGCUUCCCGCGAAAACCCGCCGCUGCUGCGGCGAUUAUUAUACCUUAAUUCUCUCUCAAAUCAAUCCUAAUCCAAUCGUAUUAUUAUUAAGUUUUUAACUUUUCUCUUCGUUUUAACUUUUAAUAAUUAAUCAUCUGCUCAAUCCUCCGAUCCGUUCCCCCCUUUGUUUCUCCUAUUCGUUUCGCGAGAUCCGGCGGCGGAUGAUGAGCAGGGGCGGCGGAGGAGGAAUUUGAACGAGAGAGAAUCAUCAGAAACCGCGUGCGUGGUGGUCGUCUGCGUAACGAUGAAAGGACUCUUCAAAGCCAGGAGCCGGACACCGGUGGAGCUCGUCCAACACCUCCGGGAACUCAUCCUCUUCGCCCACCGCGAUCCUUCCGACAUCCCCAAAAAAAAGCGCGAAGACAAGAUGGCAGAGCUGGGGAAAGUUCUAGUGGAGAUAAGGACUAUACUGUUCGGUGAAGGGCAAUCGGAGCCAAAUGCUGAGGCUUGCUCACAAUUGACCCAGGAGUUCUUUCGAGAGGACACACUGCGUAUCCUCAUUGUCUGCAUCCCUAAACUCGACCUCGGGUCUCGUCAGAUUGCGGCCCGUGUAAUUUCCAACUUGCAGAAGCAGAAGGUGCAAGGGAGGCUGGUGGCUCCGCAGUACAUGGAGAGCAAUUUGGAUCUUUUGGACAUUUUGCUACCUGGUUAUGCAGAUGAUGAGAUAGCAGUGCCUUAUGGGAUCAUCGCAAGAGAGCUAAUAUGCCAUCAGGUGGUAGCAAAGUAUGUCCUGGAAUCAGAGCACAUGCGCAAUUUCUUUGAAUACAUUCAGAUUGAGACUUUUGAAAUCUCAUCCGAUGCUCAAGCCACUUUCAAGGAACUUCUCACAAGGCAUAAAUCAACCGUUUCUGAAUUUCUAACCAACAAUUUCGACUGGUUCUUCGUGGAAUACAAUUCAAAGUUGCUUGAGUCGGAUAAAUACAUAACCAGAAGGCAUGCUGUCAAGCUUCUGGGAGAUAUGCUGCUUGAUCGAUCAAAUGCGGCGGUGAUGGUUCGAUAUGUGAGCUCACUGGAUAACCUGAGAAUAAUGAUGAACCUUUUCAGAGAAGAAAAGAAGUCCAUACAGAUGGAAGCUUUCCAUGUCUUCAAGCUGUUUGUGGCAAACCAAAGCAAGCCUCCUGCGAUCGUCGGUGUGCUGAUUCAGAACAAGAACAAGCUUCUCAGGUUCUUAGCUGGUUUAACAACUGAGAAAGAGGAUGAACAGUUUGAGGCAGACAAAUCUGAAGUGAUUAGGGAGAUUGCGACCUUAGACACCAGAGAACGUUCAAUUACUGAUUCAGAUAAUGAGGCUGAAUCCUAAAUACAUGAUGUGGAAACUGGAUGAUAAUUUAUCUUUCUUUCUAGGACUUGUCUUAAUUAUCUGUUCGUUUUCUCCUUUUUUUCCUUUUCCUUGAAUUGGCUUUUGUAUUUUACAACAUCACUGUAAAGAACACAGCUCACAACAGCAGAUAGUGCUUGUAUGAAGAGUACAACAACACAGCAUUUUGUUUCAGUUUUCCCUUUUAUCAGUCAAGUGAAACUCCCAUGUCUUGUAUUCUACUUGUUUCUGAUCCAAUUUAUAUUAAAAUAGACGAAAUACGUGAAUUAAUGAUUUAUCGUCAC